CGGUGCUUAUACACCGUAAAAAAAGAUUUUUAUCAGCCGUACAAAUAAUUUUUGCCAUCAGAAGACUUUCAUUUUUCGGUCUGAUGGUUCUACAAAGAGCAACAAUGAAUAUUUCUAACUAUUUUUUAUCUACAAAUAUACUAGAGAGAGUGGAAAAUAUUUUGGCGUAAACCGCUUGUCAAAAGCUUUUUUCGUUAUCGAAUUAUAAUUAAAACAAGAUCGUACAAAUAAUUUUUGUCGACAUUGUAUGUGGAAAAAUGAGAGAAAUCGUUUGAACUAUUGUGAAAAAAAAUGUUAAAUAUUUUAAGCAUAGAAAACGUCUACACUAAUUUAAGCAAUCAUUUAUAAAUCAGUAGUUGUAUAUCAAACUAUAACUGUUUUACAUGGUUUCUUUUAGCCAUUGCUCCUAGUCGAAAAUUAAAUGGUCGAGCAAGAGCAUUAUGCCCGAUACCAGAUAUUCCAGAUGAAGUUUUUUACAAAGAGUUGUGUUUUACAAAACAUGAAGAAGAAAUUAUUGGUAAGUAGAAAUGAAAUUUUUACAUGAAUAAUAGACACUGGUUUUUGUUUGUUUUUUCUUUACUAAAAAUAUUUCUUUUUUCUUUCGAUGUAAAUCACAUCAAAUUUACUGUUAUUGAUUCGAUUGAAAUGAAGACAAUUUUAGUUGAAAAAACGCGAUGACUUUUUUCACAAAUUUUGCGUUCGGUUUAAUUCAUUAAUAUCGAAACUAGAAAUUUUGUGAAGAAAUAUGUGUCGUCCUAUUAUGGUAUGGAAAAAAUUUAUUCUUCAUCAACAUGCGCCUAAGUUCAUUGAAUAUCGAUCAUGUGUCAGUUCAAUUUACGAGGAUAAGUUAACAAUUUCAGAAUAUGAGAAUCUUAUCUAGAUAAGAUUGUUUGUCGAAAUAAUUUUAUAAAAAAGUGAUGACAUCAUGAUAUUGAGACAAUUUUAAUAUGAUGAUUUUUACUUAAAAUUUAGCUUUUUAAGGAAGCAUUUCUGAAACACGUAGUCGAUUAUGAAGUUUUAUAAAAAAAAAUAUCAUCAAAAUAUGGUUAAUCAGAAGUUGUUAUUUUCAACUAUCAACACACAGUGGGCAUUCAGGCGGAUAUUUGAGCAAAAAUUGACAAGCGAGCUUUUUUAAAUUCGAACAGUAGUAAAUGUAGUCCUUGAAAAGCGCUAUCGAAUGGUAUAUAAUGAUCGACUAGUAAUGAACUCCUUCGAUGAGUAAGUUAACUUACGAAUUCACAAAAAACACCGUGAAAUAUGACACAUCUGCAAAAAUUCUGAUUUCUAUGUACAGACGUGCAAUAUUACCCUAUCCAAAGCACAUAUUCGGAAUCAGCACAACCUAUUGCAUCUCCUGAUAAUAGAAGGUACUCCUUUUGCAUCUUGAACGAAACGAAAAAAGGUCUAGAAGUCUAGAUU